AUGGCUUCUCCUUCCCUGGAUUUUCGGUCUCCCUUUAAUAAUGUUUUGAAUAAUCUACCACAAGGACACGAGAAAGCAUUUAAACAAGCAAUCUAUACCACAGCAGCAAAUUUAUUUGUUCUGUUCGCAGUUGGAGCUGCAGUAGCAGUGUAUUUUAUCUUGGAAGUGUUUUUAAGACCGCUACUAUGGGCAGUUUUGUGUGGAACUUUCUUGUAUCCAGUGAAACGUUCGCUGACCAGUUGGCUACGUAGGUGGUUACACGGACUACAGAAGACAAAUACACCUAUCGUUAUAGGUGUAGCUUUUAUCCCUGUCAAAGCGAUAGACAGGGUCUAUGGGAAUGUGUUUAACGUAUUCGUGAAACAUAUACGCUUAAUUUUAGGCGGCUUCGCAGGGAUUAUUUUUACGUAUCUGCUGUGGCAUUUCGGCCCAGCGAAGAACAUAUUGUUUGCGUUUCGAUCUGUUUUUUACUUCAUUUAUGACGUUCUUGGAUAUUUUACAUCAUUUUGGAUAUGGACCUUAUUGGUAGGGUACCUGUUAGCUGUGGUUUUCUUAUGGUCUCCAGACACCAAGCGUUAUCUUCGAUAUCUGUCCAUCCCUGUCUGGAUUGUUCUCACUCUCCACAUAGCUACUGCAGCUGGAUAUCUCCGAGUCCCACUCUUAAUUUUCCUUGUGGUAGUCAUUGUCUUUGGUUUUGUGGCAGAAAUAAACGAAGCAAGGCUAGCAGAAGGAAAAUCUGUGCCACCAACACCUGUAGAAGCUGCAUGGAUCAUUCUGGCAGGUGACUCAGAGAGUGACCAGUCCUCGUCUGCGACAGAGAAGGAGAACGAGGAGAAAGUCGAUGACCAAAGCAUUAAUACAACAGAAACGGAAUCUCAUGAAGAUGAAACAGAAGAGACAAAAAGUUCCAGUGAUGUCAAAAAGCCAUCAUCAUUACCAGUUAGGAGCCCCACAGUAUCAUCAGUUUCUUCACCACAGAAGAGAGAUCGUCCCAAACUACAAAUGAAAGAACCUGCAGAAAUCUUGGAAGAGAAGUCUGAAGAAAAAACACGAUCACUUAUUGACAAUUGCUUUAUCUACCUCUUCUGGCUCUUGGUGCUUACAAGGAUAUGGCUCAACAUCUGGAUCAUCCAGUUGCUUUUCCCUAUAGGACUUGUUAUGUGGCUGUUCAAAACUUUUUUGAUACAGCUUGGCAGUGGGGGAAUAUUUGGUGAGAAAGUGGAGUUGGUGAAGGCUGCACUGAAGAGAUGGCUGAUCAGUAGGCGUGAUGUCCUGGCACCAAGGUGGAUCAGGGGACUACCUAAACUGGUUCUACGAGGUGACCAUAAGAUUGUGUCAGUGUUGGAGCAGUCCCUGGACAAGACAACCAGUGUCCUUUUUAUCCUAUUGCUGUUGUUUGGGACAGCCAUCCUGGCCAUCAUCGGUGCUAUACAGAUACAACAAGAAAGUAUGCUGUUUGUGAAAAUGACCAGUGAAGUGAUGAAUAAUACUCUCAACUCAGAAAUCAACUCGUGGCUCCCCAAUGGAGAAGAUUUGCAAAAAGCCAUGGAUUCUAUGGUAGGGAAUGCAUACCUCUAUGGACGCAAUUGGAUUGCUGCAAGGCUGCGUGACUUUGUGAGUGGGAAUAUGGAUCAGAAAUCUGGUACUAACAACACUCAGAUAGAGGCUCAGGUACUGGAGGUGUGGGAUAGGCUGUAUGAAAGCUGGCUCUCAAGGAAUGACACAAGCAGCAGUCUACAGACCACGUCAGCAUUGAAUGUUCUUCCCACCGACAUAAACAGUGUCAAGUCCAUGUGGGAGGUCAUAUCCAAGGGCGACGCAUUCAACAUCAGUCAGAUUGUUGCCUUUGUUAAAGAUAACAUAGGAACCUUUAUGUCUGUUAUAGAUUCAGUGUGGAUUGUACUGAAGGGAAACAUGAACCUUGUAUUAAGUCUAGUCACAGCCACCCUGUCUGUGGUGUUUGGAGGAGGUACAGCUCUUCUUAACUUCGUCAUCUCUUCUGUGAUCUUCCUGACCACCCUGUUCUACUUGUUGGCUACCAGUGGUAACCAGUACAAGCCUCUGGAGUUGUUCAGUAACCUUAGUCCUACACAGGGAACCAGUGUCAUUGGCCAGGCUGUUGAGGAGGCAAUCACUGGUGUGUUCAUGGCCUCUCUGAAGAUGGCAGCAUUUUACGGAUUUUACACCUGGAUGACCCACACCUGGUUUGGAGUCAAUAUUGUGUUCAUUCCUUCAGUAAUGGCUGCCAUGUUUGCUGCUGUACCUUUCCUUGGGACAUACUGGGCGACUAUUCCAGCAGUCCUUGAACUCUGGCUGGUUCAAGGUCAAGGUUUCUUGGCACUGCUCUUACUUAUAUUCCACAUGCUGCCAACAUAUGUAGUGGACACUGCCAUUUACAGUGAAAUCAAAGGGCCUUAA